UUACAGCGUAGUUGAGCUGAUUUCAGACGAGGGCUCCUCUGUCAGGUGUUCUGUGAUCUAUAGCUCAAACAUGGGCCCCGGGGCCGCGUCGCGCACGCUUCUGUUUCUCACACAUUUCUUUUUUCUCUUCAUCUCUCAAGGCAGAUGUGAGGGAACGCAGCGAGUGAUUGAAUAUAAUGUCGACGGCGGUAAAGAAGAUCUGUUUGAUAUCAAUGAAGGGGCCGGUCUUGAUCUUUUUGAAGGAGACAUUGUCUAUGAUGAGAAUUUGGGGAGAAAUUCUAUAAUUGGUGAGUACAGAUGGCCGAAAGUGAUUCCUUAUUACCUGGAGGAUGAUUUGGAUAUUAACGCAAAAGGCGUGAUCCUGAAGGCGUUUGAACAGUAUCGUCUGAAGUCAUGCAUCGACUACAAACCAUGGAGUGGAGAAGAAAACUACAUCUCUGUGUUUAAAGGCAGCGGCUGUUUUUCGUCCGUGGGGAACCGGCGUGUCGGUAAACAGCAGCUGUCCAUCGGCAGCGGAUGUGAUCGCAUCGCAACCAUCGAGCACGAGUUUCUCCACGCGUUAGGUUUCUGGCACGAGCAGUCACGCUCCGACCGCGACGACUACGUCUCCAUCGUCUGGGAGCACAUCACUGAAGGAAAGGAGCAUAACUUCAACAAGUACAACGACAGCGUCUCCAGCUCUCUGAACGUCCCCUACGACUACGGAUCCAUGAUGCACUACAGCAAGAAGGCCUUCCAGAGCGGCUCGGAGCCCACCAUCGUCACCAGGAUCCCGGCCUUCAGCGACGUGAUCGGCCAGCGCAUGGAGUUCAGCGACAGCGACCUGCUCAAACUCAACCGACUCUACAACUGCUCCAGCUCCUCCACGUUUCUGGACUCCUGUGACUUUGAGUCGGAGAGCAUCUGCGGUAUGAUCCGGGGCCGAGGGAGUGAUGUAAGCGCGAGCUGGGAGCGUGUCUCCGGGGCCGCCGGGGGACCAGACACCGACUACACCAACAUGGGCCGCUGUGACGGGAAGGGUCACUUCAUGCACUUCAGCACAGUGAGCGGGCCGGAGGGGAACAGGGCUCUGCUGGAGAGCAGGGUUCUCCACCCCAGACGGGGAUUCCAGUGCCUGCAGUUCUUCCUCUUCAACAGCGGUCACAUCAAUGACCGGCUCAGGAUCUGGACGAGAGAGUACGACACGGAAAACCCUGACGGGGCCCUGCGGCUCGUUCGGCAGGUCGAAGCUCCUCCUGGCGAUGACUGGCAGCUCCAUCACGUCAGUCUGAACGUCUCCAGAAAGUUUCGAGUGGUUUUUGAGGGAAUCAAAGGCAGCGGGAACACCGGCGGACUCUCGCUGGACGACAUCAACCUCUCCGAGACGCGCUGUCCAGAACACGUGUGGAAGAUCAAGGACUUCAGGAGCGUCCUGGAGAACGCCUCGAUCUCCACCGCCAUCUACAGCCCUCCCUUCACGUCUGAAGACGGCUACAGCUUCCAGAUGAGUCUGCGUCUGAACUCGGCCGAACACCCGGGAGAGAUGGGAGCGUUCGCUCACCUGACCUCUGCGUCCGGAGCCGAGGACGGUCUGCUGUGGCCCGCGGCCUGGAAGCAGAUGACCAUGAUGCUGAUGGACCAGAACGCAGACAUUCGCAGACGCAUGAACAACCAGAGGAGCGUCACCACCGACCCCAACAUGAUUCUGGAAGGGACCGACGACUUCUUCUGGGACGAUCCUCGUAAAGUAGGAGUGAAGGUAACAGAAGAGGAUGGGACGGAGUACUUCCGUGGUCCUGGGGCAGGAUGGCCGACUUUCCUCACGAACGCCAGAGCUUUGAGCCGAGACUUCAUCAAGGGAGGAGACGCCAUCUUCCUGCUCACUAUGGAGGAUCUGUCUCACCUCACAGCGUCUCAGCCCUCUCCUUCCACCUCCACUUCACCGAACCCAACGUCUUCUGGAACCUCAGCCCCAGACGUCAGCUCCUCCAGCGCUCCUCCUGACCCGUGUGUGUCCGUGCGCUGUGAGAACGACGGAGUGUGUGUGCUGGACGCCGCCGGGCGGGCCGAGUGCAGGUGUGCUGCGGGUCAGGACUGGUGGUAUUACGGAGACCGGUGUGAGCUGAAGAGCUCUGUUCAGAGCAGUGUUGUGACGGCGGUGCUGGCGUCUGUGGUUGUGUUCGUGGUGAUGCUGGUGGUGACGGUGAUCAGUGUGCUCUGUGUGAAGAAACAGCAGAAGAAAGUACAUCUCGGAGCACAAGGGAUCACCAUGAAGAACAUGAAGUCGUUCGCAUGAAGAGCUGGGGCCGGUUUUAUAAAAUACUAGUAAUUUAAUCAUUAAUUUAGGGCCGUCAUGAUUCGUCAAUUCGAGUAUUACAUUUUUUAAAAUCCUCAAUUUCAUUUUGCCCGCAUUGAGUAACCGGCAAAAUACAGCAAGCGGAUGAGAAUCCAUCGAACACAUCAUUAGAAUGUUUUCCACGGCUGCAUGACAUUAAACCAAUUUAAAAACUCAUAAUAAAGCUUAACAUUAUUAGAAACUCACGGAAGCUAUAACUCCGCGCAGGUUUAAAGGAAAAUGUUGCUCAUCACUUAUCCCGUGUCGUUCAGAACCCAGAACAGCUUUGUUUGUCUUCAGAACACAAUGAAAGAUAUUUGGGAUAAAAGCGUGAGUCUCAUUGACUGAUGAACACUAAUCCUGACAGCAUCCUGUGAACGGCUGUGUAAGACGCAAUAACAUUCAAGAGAGAAUAUCAUCACAAACAUGAGUAUACUGUACAAGUAAACAGCACUUAUGACCACUAAACUCAUUUACAUUCAUAAUAUGGUUGUUGGUUUAAAAAAUUACAACUGUACAAAAUAUUGUAAUAUUUAAUACUUGAAGCAAAAUGAAGUUAUUCAGCGAUUUUACUGCA